AUGCCUCCCAACCAGAGAUCGCAGACUAAAGCCCCAGGAGGGUUUCUACCACAUCCUUUAGACCAAUUGACUAUUGAAGAGAUCGGCAAAGCUCGUAAUAUAAUCCUUGGGCUACAUUCUGCUACUUCAAUUGGCUUCAGAACAAUUACACUAGAGGAGCCUUCAAAGAAGAUCUUGACCAUGUUCCUAUCAGCCGAACACAAGGGCGAGUUGUCUUCUGUAACAUGGAGGCCCCCACGACGUGCUAGGAUUCUUUUUGAGCUUAUUUCGAAGGAUGGAUUAGUGGAGUUGUGUGAAUCAGUAGUGGAUGUGGGAACUGGUCUGGAGAAGAGCUUUGAAGUGCUGGAUAAGAAAUGUCAUGCUCCUCUCAAUGCUGAAGAAGUUGCGAUGUUCCCAGAAGUUACAAUGGCGUCACCGCUCUUUAAAAAAGCUAUUUCAGAGCUUUCACUGCCACCCAACACUGUCAUCGUGAUUGAUCCAUGGAUGUACGGUGGAUGGGAGAAUCCGAGUGAAGAUUGUCCUCGGUAUAUGCAAGGGUUGGUAUACGCCCGUGACCCAAAGACUACCAAUCCAGACUCCAACCACUAUGCCUUUCCUCUACCUCUCAUUCCAGUAAUGGAUGUUGCGAAGAAAGAAAUCAUCAGAAUCGACCAGUUACCUACAGGUGGCACAGAAGAUGGCUUGGAAGUUGGAACAGGCUCUAAGGAACCCCUCGCCCAUUGCAAAGCGUGUGAAUACGUCCCAGAGCUUAUUCCUGGUGGCUUGAGGCAGGAUCUCAAGCCUUUGAAUGUCGUACAACCGUAUGGACCGUCAUUCACCGUUACUGGAAACUCACUAGUGGAGUGGCAGAAAUGGAGGUUCAGGGUUGGAUUCAAUCCUAGGGAAGGAGCAACAAUCCACGAUGUUUGGUAUGAUGGGAGAAGCGUUCUAUAUCGUUUGAGUUUCAGUGAGAUGUCAGUGCCGUAUGGGGACCCCAGAGCACCUUUUCACAGGAAACAGGCUUUCGAUUUUGGUGAUGGAGGGGCUGGCAGGGCUGCCAACAAUCUUGAACUCGGUUGUGAUUGCUUGGGUCUGAUCAAGUAUUUUGACGGUAUCAUGAAUGAUGUUCACGGAAAAGCAGUGAUUUCAAAAAAUGUGAUCUGCAUGCACGAACAAGAUGACGGAAUCCUAUGGAAACACACAAACUACCGCACUGGCCGCGCAGUCGUCACCCGCAACCGACGAUUGAUAAUCCAAUUCAUCAUAACACUUGCCAACUACGAAUACAUCUUUGCCUAUCAGUUCGACCAGGCUGGUGGCAUUUCUCUUGAAACUAGGGCUACAGGUGUUGUGAGCACAGUGCCAAUUGAUUUCGGAAAGACUAGCCCGUGGGGAAAUAUCGUCAGUCCGGGAGUUCUAGCACAAAAUCACCAACAUCUUUUCUGUGUUCGUAUCGAUCCGGCAAUUGAUGGGUACGAGAACACAGUCGUUCAGGAGGAGUCUCAUCCUUUGCCCUUUUGCCCGGAAAUCAACCCUUAUGGCAAUGGGUACGAAGUGAGAAAGACUGUUAUGAAGACAUCUGGUUUUGCAGAUGCAGCUCCACAGCACGGCAGGAUUUUCAAGAUUGUGAACGAGAAUAAGCACAAUCCCAUCAGUGGAAGACCUGUGGGAUAUAAAUUGGUGCCUUCACCGACACAGCUCACAUUGGCACAUCCUGACAGUAUUAUGGCCAAACGUAUGGCAUAUGCUAGUCACCAUUUGUGGUUUACUAAGCAUCGUGAUGGCGAGCUCUGGGCGGCUGGGCCGUUUACCAACCAGAGUUCUGUUGAGCGCGGUGGUGUUAAAGAUAUGGCUGAUCGCAAGGAGAAUAUCGAAAAUGACGAUGUCGUUGUUUGGCACUCCUUUGGGCUAACUCAUAAUCCCAGAGUUGAAGACUUUCCUGUUAUGCCAGUCGAAACCCAUCAGAUUCACCUCAAGCCAGCCGAUUUCUUCUCCAAAAACCCGGCGAUUGAUGUCCCGUCGGCCAAAAACCAAACAUCUAUUCUCUACAAGAAAGGCGGCCUUGUCUCCAGCUUCGUCACUGAAGUUCCGCAAAGCCACGAUGGCGACCGCAGAAAGUCGAUAUUGAUUGUUGACGACAACUCUACUGACUCGAUCGCGGUUCAGAAGACCCAACAGCAAGGGAUCAAGGCGUGUUGCAUGUAG